AUGUACCCUGGGAUCUUGCGUUCUGCAAAGGUAGUAAAAUCAAGGUUGGAGCGUGCACCGACCAUGGAUUGUCAAAGCAAUCUUCAAACUAAAAUUUUGAGAUAUUCCUGGCUCAGUAGGAAUGGAAGAGAAACAUUAACAUUGCGUUGCAAACACUGGCUUGAUAUGUUUUCAUCUUAUUUCUCUAUUCCUGACUCUCAAUAUGAUAAACUGCUUUAAGUUUACAAAACUUCAGCUGCCAAAUUCGGCCUCAAAUGGGAAAGGAAUUUACUGAAAAUAAAACGGCACAUUUAGCAAAAUGCAGCAUGCUGGAUUUUGUGAGAAGUGAAACGAAACCCUCGAGUGUGACGAUUUCAUGGUACAGAAUAAAUGGAGAGUACGAACUUAAUAUAACGUUCUAUUUAGCAUGUAAAAGAGUUAUUAGUACCCACUGGGAGCUGCUAUAAUGCUAGUGGCGGAAUAUACUUAUCUUGGCAACCGUUCAUGUUCAUAUGAUAUUAUUUGACCUGAGAUUUUUGACAAGAUUUUUUUUCCAGUUACAAUGUUGGGGGACGAUUCUUGGUCACUAGCAUGCCCCUGCUAGUUUGACCCAUUCUCCGCGUGGCUUACUGUGCUGCAAAAAAUUUUUAACGAAUCUCUUCACUCUUUUUUUUGGUUUUGAUCAAAAUCGCCACUGAUUAGAUGUGUAUCACAGAGGGUUUCCUCGUGCCCUAACAAACAUACUGAAAGAAGGUUGAAUAUCGAUUCUACAUUUGGCCCGAAGCUAAAUGAAUUAGAACAUAAAAGAAGAGGGAAAGAAUUGAGAUGACAAAAUGGUGGAGAGAUCUGCUGGAAUCGCCUAAUUAUUUUCUGGCUUUACUGAUCUACCAGCUUUAGAAGAGUUUUAUUUGAAUAAGAAGUGGAGUAGUCGAACUGUUCUUUUCAAUAUGAUACCACUGUUCCUUUGAAAUGCCCAGAAAAAUUAAUCACUUGGAAACUUCGUUUUGAUAUCUUAGAGAGAUACGGUUUCUUUGCGAAUCUACACUGAGUUUCUUUUAUCUGCUAUCUGAAUUAUAUCUUUCUAUGUAUUCUACAUUUCAAUUCAUAAUAAACCUUUUAUACAGCAGGAUUAAAGGGGGCUUUUGCAAGUGUUUCAUCCUCAGGCAAUGCUGAGACUUCUUCAAUUGGUACACCACAAUUCCCAAUACCACCUCAGUCAACACCCAUGUAAGCACUUCUACUUUCUCCUGGGGUCCGUAUCUUUAGGAUUAUAACUUUUCCUUUUUAUGGUGUGGCUCCGUUGUAUCCAAGAGAGAUAUGGACUCAAAAAUGUCCUGAAAUCUUUUUUUUUCGUGUUGCGAAUAAACACUGUUGUUAUUAUUAUUAUUUUCAGAGGUUCACCAUUGCUUUGGAUUGGAGUUGGAGUUGGCUUGUCUGCACUUUUCUCAUGGGUGAGGCUCUCAAUUCUCACUUAUUACCACUGCCCCCAAAUUCUAUUCAUAGUUUCAUGCGUUAAAUUUUCAUUGAGAUUUCUUUGCUUACAGUCUGAUUUGCUUUUUUUAGGUGACGGGUUAUUUAAAGGUGAGUCUUCUCAAUUUUCUUUGCCCUUAUCGAGGUAUGCUAUCAGCUUGAGUUAUCUUGUUUGUGAUUAUUGUUUGAAUCAGUUAACCUGAAUCUAUAAAGAUGUUGAAUCAAAUUUAUGGUUUGAUACAUCACACGCUUCACAAUGUAUUUAUUGAUUAGUCUAUUCAGUUGGAAAUACGUAUUUGUUUUUUUUCUGGCAAUGCUUCGUAUUUUGCAAGGGGAAGUUUGUUAUAUUGUUUAAUAUGGUUGGAUGCUUGGUUGCAGCCGGUCCCCAAGCAUUUUAUACCUAGUAGAAAUACAGAACAUGUUUUUGGCAUUUUUUUUUCUUUCACGAUAAUACAGUAUGUUAUGAUGUGGUAACCAAGAUAUCGUCCGCCAUCCUUGAUAUGUCGAUAAGAGAGCAAGAAGCAAACAGAAAAGAGGAAACAUUAAUCUAUCUCCACGUUGAAUAAGGGGCAUUUUUUGGAUGAAGAAUAUUACGUAGGUUGCAUGAAGGAAUUAACCAAUCAACUUUUCCUUUACCGUGUCCUGCUUGGCCAUAACAGUUCGGAUACUAAAGUGACGCAUCAACUUACUAAAACAUAGCAAAAAAUAUUUUCCAAGGAGGUUAGGAGUGUAAACUAAGCUCGAUUUUUUUGGAGGUCCAUGCUUGACCUAAAUCAGACAUCCUUUGAUGUUUAAAAUAUCCUCAGAUUUGGCAUAAAGAGAUCAAUUAUUUAAUUGCGAGGAAAAAACCCAAAAUCAUUUUCUGCAAGAGGCUAAGUGCAAGCAUCUCAAAAAUACAUUCACUGAUCCUGACUAAAAAAGUGAUCAACAUCCAGCAGGAAUACGUUGGGUCCUGCAAGCCAUGAGUGAAACAAUGUGUCAACGGUUUUCUAUUCAUCUCCCAACCGCAGCAUUGAAUUUUGGGAUAUAUUAGAAGGGCUGAGCAUAAGAACUUCGCUUGAAAGUUCAAUAUUGAAUUGUUUGAACCAUCUACAUCCUCAGUUAAAUUUCCUGAUUUGAUACAGGGAUUUGUGGACAAACCAAAGGAAAUUGAGGAAAAUGAAGGAGGUUGAAAGUAGAAAGUAGAAAGGUUACUUGACUUUCUAAAUGUUUCAAUCAAGUAAAGACGAAAAUUGUGCAAAAUAGUUUGACAUAUGCAAACGGGUUGGAUGAAACUUUAAGAUGAAAGGAAAGUAGAGUGUUGAGUGAUGUUGAAUGGAUGGAAAAUUUAAGGAAAGAAAGAACUUGUCUUAGAUGUGUAAAAUGCUCCAUUGUAAGCGAGGACACAUUUCUAAAGUUGAAAGUUGAGACCCAGAUCUGUCGGUUUCCUUUCCUGGGGCUAUAUUUCUUGAUGUUAGUCUCAGUUUCUCUUGGGUAUCAAACCUUGUGACUUUCUUGGGUUGAAGGCUCAUUCUGUCUGACCUAUGAGAGCCUGGCCAUGAAAAGUGGCAGUUAGGUGGAGGAAAAUGUAUAUGGAUGUUAAAAUGUAACAUAAGUACCCGAAAAAAUAGAAUUGAAAAUGAAGAAUAUAAUAAGAUUGUUCGUUGGUGUAGGUUUCAUGAAAGAAAUGGGAAGGAGAGAAACACCCAUGGAGGAAAAGACGAAAGGACUUUCCCAGGUUGUAUGAGGGAAUUAAUGUUCUUAGAAACAUAAAGAGUCAUGUGAAAUGCUCAUUUAGGGAUAUGUGACCGUCCUGCAGCUGUGACGCAUUUCUAACAACAAUUCAAGUCUUUGGUCUCUGUUUAAGUUUUAAAGAAGAGUUUUGGUUCCUCUUGUAAAGGAACAUACAUAUAAUGCAUGCACUGGGGUCUGUCUUCGAUGCAAUUUAUCAGGGCUCAUAUGGGGCGGACGGCAGAAAAAAUGGGGUUGAUAUGGUUCGGCAGUAGAUGGGAUUCGGGGACGUUGACAGCACUGAUGUGUAAUGAGGCAUGAAGAGUGGUGGCGAAUGAUGGAUGUGGCAGAGGUAGAGGAAUAAUAAGAAAUAGGGGAAAAUAAGGAUCAGGCAGACAGAAAAUUAAGUCCUUGGGAAAUUGGUAGGUUAGACAUAGUGUAGCAAGUUUUAAAGGAGAGCAAGAGGAUCCUCAGCACUACUCCGUGAGAGCUGUACGCCGGUAUGGAACAUCUGAUACCUCUGUGGUUGUCACUCCUCACUGGUUGAUAGCCCCUCACUCCUUUUUUUAUAAUCACGGUCAUUUCUAUGUGUUCUUGGAUUGGGUUCUAUAAAAGGUCAUAGCCUAGUCGUUGAUCCUCUUAUUUCCUCAUCACUACAUGAUUUAAAGUCUGGGAGUGAGAAUACAUGGUAACAAUUUAAGUUUUGAUGUCAUUUUGAUUAAUUUGUUAAACAUUAGGUUAUAUUUUUUCUCAGAGGUUUCUUUAUGCCAUCUCAUGAAAGAGACUGGGACUGAGUUGAUGUACCCGUACUUCACUUUUUGCUGUUAAUCAGUGCUGGAUAUUUCAGUUGCUGUCAUCACUUGUAAUCCAGUGCUUCGUGUUCUUGUUUUAUGUUCUCAUGAAGUUUCCAGUGCUUCGUGUUCUUGUUUCCUACAUCUGGAAUGUCUUUUCCACUGAUGUCACUUGUAUCUUUAUUUUAAUUGAGAGAUAUGCCCAACUCUAGGACUACCAUGAACAGGAUGUAUGAUGGACAAGAAUUCUGAGCCAUGGAAUAUUACUGCACAAAUACGAAAUAGUCUUACUCAUUCUGUCGAGUAAUGUUGGAUUUCAUUUUCAUGCCAAAGAUGAUAUGAACUACGGAUGGAAUUCAGUUAUAAGGUGGAAUUCAGAUGGAACUAAGACCGUACUAUAAAUAGAAUAUGCAUGAAGCCAGCUUCUUUGAGCAUCAAUCGGAUGGAAGUAUUUUUUUACUGAACGGUUUUGUUGCAGUUGAGAGAAAUCAGGACGACUUAAUGGAUGAGAUUUCAAUAUAAUAGUUGUUUACAAUGACUCUGAUGUCCAUUGAUUGCACUUGUGUGAACUCGCGCCCAUUGAUUGAUAUCAUCUUGAGGAAGAUGAUGAGGGAUAGUUGCUGUCGAAAAUUUGCUUCUAUUAUUUCUUGCUCUUUUUUCUGGUCAUGGAACUUUGUUUCUUGUUGUUCUAGGUUGCAACAACCAUAUCUUUAUUUUCUUUUGGAGUGGAUAGUGCCACGUUAUCAUUAAGUGAUAACAAGAAAAGGGAACACUGUUUAGGAAACAACAAUACUUGUUAUUCACCAAAUAGCUGUAGUUAGUAAUUGCUUGAUGUUUUGGUAUCUAAUGUCCUCUUUCUCAUUGAACAGGAUUCAUUUACACAUCCUUUUUUGGUUUUUUGACCUUCUAGAAAAUAUCAUAGAACAUGUAUGAAUACUUCUCAUGAUCAUCCCGUGUAUGUCGAUCCUUUUCCUGCUAAUCACAUGCUAUUUUUUAGUGGAUUUGAGAAAAAUGUCUGCAGACAAUGGCCAUCAGUAAGCUAGAUGGUAGAGGGUUAUUGCUUAUUGUCUUCAUCGCAAGUUUUCCCUCUCUGUACAUGAGAAAUUCAUUUAUGGUAGUUUCUUUUCUUUCCCUGAUGUCCAGCAAUAUGCAAUGAAACAAGCUAUGAACACUUUGAUGGGGCAAAUGGCAGCAGGAAACAGAGAAUCCAAAAAUUCAGGGUUCUCUCCUGGUUCUCCUUAUGCAUUUCCUUCAGGUCCCUUUCCAUCUCAAAUGGCCACAUCACCAGUGCGUGAUGCGUCUCAACCUACUCCCGCAAUUGAUAUCCCUUCUGCCAAAGUGGAAGCUACAACUGCGACUGCAGCCAGAAGUGACACAGACAAAGUGGAUGAACCGAAGAGAUAUGGUACCUAUUCCCUACAGAGCAAAUGUUUUCAAGACAUGUAUAAAAUACUCAAUGAAUUUGUUGCCGCUGAAUUACUCUGCCUUUGCUUUCAUUUUUCUUGGGUUUAGAACCAAUCUCCACACUGUAAGCUUGAGCAGAUAUUUGGUGCUGCAUGUACAACCAAGUGAUGUCUUAAGUAAUAGAUGGCUUUUUGUAGGAAGGGAGGCAGAGAGAGGUCUCAUAUGCCAACUUCUCGGCUCAAAAAAGCGCAUAUCUUACUAUGUUGUGCACAUUUCCUGUGUCUGGUUUCUUGUUCUGGAUUGUUUUCACUGAUAUCGUACUACUGCAGCAUUUGUAGAUGUUUCUCCUGAAGAAAUUUCACACAAAGAUUCCUCCACGGAUUCAAAUGCAUCAGUAAAACCAGAGGUCGUUGACUCUGUAAGUGUGUCUAUGAUACCUUCAGGAAAUUUGUUUGCUCCCCAUGGAUCUGUAACAAUGACGAUUUUCGAUUAUUAUUUAAGGUUUCUUCAAAUGGGAGUACUUUUAGGCCAGACCAAAGUUAUUCCAAAGAGCAGUCCCAGUCUCGUAAGUAAUAAUUUCUUUAUGAUAAUUUUUAUUCAAUUAAUUUAUCAUGUUAAGACUUAGUAUCCCACUUCUCUGAUAGCCUUGGCCGUUCCUUUUUAUGAAGAAUUGCACCACGAUUUACCGGGUAUCGAUAACAGAGCGUUCAAAUUUAGUUACUCCAAUAAUCCAGAAACGCAUUUCUUUAAUGUACAAGGAUGUCACCAAUUCUAUAAUGACUCCUUAUUUCUCUGAUUUUAAUUUCACGUUUGAAAGAAAAAAUAAAUCUUCCUACCACCUCUGCUGCACCUGGACCCUGAAAGAAAAUAAGAGAACAUUCUCUCAUUUUACCCCUCAUGUUAUGUUAUAAACUUUUGUGCCUUGUUUGAUUGCAUUUGCUGAAUAAACAUCUGGACUUUCAGGAACAGGGAAAACUUCACCCUUGCUUUCAGUUGAUGCAUUGGAGAAGAUGAUGGAAGAUCCAACAGUGCAGAAGAUGGUCUAUCCGUGAGAUAAUUAUCAUCUAUCAGUGUCAUAAAUUUUCAUUUGCUAACGUCUUAUCUUUCUGAACAUGUUUUAACUUUUAGCCGUUUUCAUGCCUAUUUUCUUUGUGAUAAAAUGAACCGGAUAUGUGCCUCUGCGCGCGUUAUGAUUAAUCUCCCUCGCAGUGGCUUAUAUUUUGCCGCUUCUCUUUAUAAAAGAAACUUUAUUUGAAUUUUAUUACUUUCUAGAAACUCCUUCGGCAUUGAAUAUGACUAUAAAAUAAUAUUUAUAUUCUGCUGAAUUUGUCCAUCCUUACAUUACAUCAUAUUAUUAAGUUGUACUCUGCGACUGUCUAGUUGAUAUUUGGUUGCCUGAUUUAUUAUCGAUAUUUCUGACAAUAGCUUUUAGGAGAUAUUAGGUCAUUCCACUUGUGAAAAUAUUCGUGCGAUUUCAGGAAAUAACACUUCCUCUACAUUUCAUUUUAGUGAUGUAUAGAGAUGUUCGUUAUGCCAUCUGCAUCCUGUUGGUGGUCGUUUCUCAUUUAGGAAAGUCUUUUGUUUAUUACCCCAUUAGAGGAAAUGAAGUUUUGUUCUAUCGAAUGGCUCCAGGAAUUUAGGUUGUCUUUUGAACUCUGUUUCCUUACCAUCCGCGUUCCAUAGCUCAACUGACUUGAAUAAGGCUUACCGUGAGAAUUCCUGGUUCUGUGAUGGCUCGACUUGUUCAGCUGUCCUGAAUCGCGUGGCUCCCCACUUCUGAUUGGAAUCAGGCCAAUAAUUGGUGCUAAUUUUAAUAUUUGUAGCUAUCCUAAAACCGCGGUAAUGGGUAUUCUUUUAGAGAUUUUGUUGGAUUCGUUGUCAUCACGAAAUUUCAUAUUGGGCAGUUUUCGUUGUUCAAGAUUCCUUGGACUGUCCUAUGAUUUUCUUUUAUUUUCUAUUAAUCUCACAAUGUGGAUGGUUAUCAAAUAAACUAGUUCAUUGCUUUUUAUGUUAUUUUUCUAUCUCCUUCUUUCUCUUUCCUAUAAGUUGCUUGGAUGUUUAAUUAACAAAGGAUCUGUCUUUUAUUCUGAAAUCACGCAGCUAUUUACCCGAGGAGAUGAGAAAUCCCACUACUUUUAAGUGUAAGCUCUUUGCUUUUAGGAGUCGUCUUAGUCAAUCUCUUUUUAUUUAAUGUGUCGUACAUGAUAUUUUUUCUGCCGGUAUGACAAGCUGCUUAAUAAUGUUGAAUUCUUUUCAGGGAUGUUACAGAAUCCUGAAUACCGUCAACAACUGCAAGACAUGCUGUAAGUGUCACCCUGUAGACUCUUGAAUAUUAGUUUUGUGCUCCGGAAUACAGGUCAAUACCUUCUUGGUAGGCAAUUGCUUGGCGGGUUAAGAUAAUUUAGUCUAUUUGAUAUUUUAUUGUGUCUGUGGUCUACCCCCUCUACUACAAAAUUUUAAAAGACCAAUUUAAUAGACCUCAUGAGUAAGCUGCCGUGCCAUGCAUUUUUUGCAUGUAUCUAUGAUCGAGUACAUGCUUUAAUUUCUAAAAUUUCCAGGAACAACAUGGGAGGCGGCGGUGGUGAAUGGGACAAUAGGAUGAUGGAUUCCUUGAAAAACUUUGAUCUGAGCAGUCCAGAAGUCAAGCAGCAAUUCGGUGAGUCAACCUGCAAAGGAUUAUAGUAGUUUUGAGCAGGUUACAUACCGCUUGAAGUACUGGAUCUACGGUGUAUGUAGUGGCACUUGAUGUCUAAUUCUUCCGACGCUUCAGUUGACCCUUUUGUUUCAUUUAUACUUGUUUGGGAUAUUGAAGAUGAUCACCACUCUCGUCCCAUCAGACAUCCAUCAGCUGUUGUACAGAGCACAAAUUCUUUUAGUUUUCAGCCUUGGACAGCGAAAAAGACACUAGAAUUCCUCCGCCAAACAGAAUGAUGUGCAAUUCCUCGGUGGAUAAAAAAACAUUAUCAUGGGUGAUUUAAUUUGGUCUCAUUUUUUUUUAAUCCCCACACUAAUUUCUAGCAUGCGACUGCUUUGUUCAUUGAAGCUUUUGUUUCAUAUCCACCGAGAUAUAUUUGUUGCCUUAUUUUCUUUUAAAGAGGAAACACUUUCUACUCUCUCUCCGAGAACGAAACGCUUUUAUUUCCACCACUCAACCAGAAUUCUGCUCGAUUGUUUAGCUUAGUGUAGUUUAGUUUAGUUCCUCUGUGUCGAGAUGUGAUCGGGCUUUGUGGGUUUCUUCGUCAGUCUGAGCUGAGCAUGCCUAAGCUCAACUUGUCUGAUACCAUCUUUCAGCCCUUCUCGAAGGAAAAAAGCUUGAGUAUUCAUCAUCGUUUCAACAUCCAAUUGCCAUUUCAUCAUCACUCCCCGCUUCGCUCUGCUGAUUUCUUUGUUUUGCCUGUGUUGCCCGGGAUUACAGAGCAGAUUGGGCUCACCCCAGAAGAAGUAAUCUCGAAGAUCAUGGCAAAUCCUGACGUGGCUUUGGCGUUUCAGAAUCCAAGAGUCCAGGCUGCCAUCAUGGACGUAUGUCAGAGACAAAUUCUCUCAUUGUUUAUAUCCCCCCCUUACUAUUUUCUCCCAUUCUCCUUAUCAUAUUACUUGUAAUUUUCCCUUUGCAGUGUUCCCAGAAUCCCUUCAGCAUCGCAAAGUAUCAAAAUGACAAGGAGGUGAGGAUAUCCAUUCCCAAAUCUCCUCUUUAUUUACUUUUAAUAGCAUCUGUAUGGCAAAUGAUCGUUCUAAAAGGGGGAUGAACAGGGUUUCUCGGUUUUUUUUUUUUUUUUUUUUUUGGUGGGUCUGUAGCAAGAUGUGCCCUUCAUUGCGCUUAAACUUCCGUUUCAGGUCAUGGACGUCCUCAACAAGAUUUCCGAGCUCUUCCCCGGGGUGUCUGGUCCUCUCUGA